AUGGCUGUGCACGAGAGGGAUGUGUCCGAUAGCAUCGUGCAGUAUCAGAUAGAGAUUCACAGGAGCAUACGAAAACAAAGAAUGUGCGUGAUCGAAAGGAAAAUACGCCGGGGAUUUGACCAAGCAAAAAAGACUUUCUCCGCGCUGGGCCUGUGCGUGGACGCUCUCCCGUACCCGAGGAUGGACAACUACAUCGCAGGAAGCGGAAGAGCCAAAAUUCUCGAGGGGAUAAAGUCCCAGAAGUCAGCAAGCGACCAGAUCUCCAUCGAGGAGGAAACGCGGAAGGUCUACGAGGACCUCUGCAAGAAGGCAGUUCCGAAGGUGCACAAAGUCCUCGUGCAGAACAUCGCAGCAAAGCAGGCACAACACAAGAAGAUCAGCACAAUAUGCCAGCGAGAGCUGAAGAGAGCCCUCACAAAAACGUCAAAGACAAAUCCCUCCCUCAAGGGGAAGAGAGUCACGAAGGAGCUGCAGGGAUUCUUCAAAAGGGCCGAGAGAAACACGCGAGAGAAGAGGCGGAAGGAGGAGAAGGAGGACUACGACCGGAGAAAGAAGGAGGAGGAGAUGCGGGAGGAGCAGCGCCAGGAGAAAAAGCUUAACUUUUUGAUCACGCAGACAGAGCUUUUCUCCCACUUUAUCCUCGGGAAGAAGGGACGCCCGGAGGAGGAGACUCCAGAGGCAAUAAUCGCACAGAAGGCAGCGGAGAGGCACAGACAGGCAGUUAUGGAGUACGAUGCUCCAGGGUCAGGCGGACAAACCGUCUACAAUAAUUCGACUCUCCCCAUUUCCGAGACAGUUUCUGUCCCGGGGAUGCUCCAGUGCACGCUGAAGGACUACCAGAAAAGGGGACUUGAAUGGCUGGUCAGCCUGUACGAUCAGGGGAUAAAUGGGAUGCUCGCAGAUGAGAUGGGCCUGGGGAAAACGGUCCAGGGAAUCUCCUUCCUCGCACACCUCGCAGAGAAUGAGGGCAUUUGGGGGCCAUUUUUGAUCAUUACCCCAGCAUCAACCCUCCAUAAUUGGGAGCAGGAAUUUGCGAAGUUCGUCCCUGCGUUUAAGGUCGUCUCCUACUGGGGGACAGUUGCAGAGAGAAAGGCCCUGCGGAGGUCCUGGCAGCAGAGGAAACUGCAGAGGGAGGACUCCCCAUUUCACGUGGUGAUUACGUCGUACCAGCUUGCAGUGAGCGAUGAGAAGUACUUCAGCAAGGUAAAGUGGCAGUACAUGAUUUUGGACGAGGCACAGGCGAUAAAGAGCAGCAGUAGCACGCGGUGGAAGACUCUUCUCUCGUUCAAGGCGAGGAGUAGGCUUCUUCUCACGGGGACACCGAUACAGAAUACGCUGCAGGAGUUGUGGGCUCUCCUGCACUUUAUUAUGCCAACGCUUUUUGACUCUCACGGGGAGUUCUCGGAGUGGUUUAGGAUCGAGGACGGGGACAGUGUCACGGAGGCGGCGAGGCUUCGGAUGGUUUUGCAGCCGUUUAUGCUGCGGAGGGAGAAGAAAGACGUCGCAGAUGAGCUGGGGAUGAAGGUGGAGAAGACGAUAGUCUGCGAGAUGAGUCCGAAGCAGAGGAAGUUGUACGAGGGAAUUCGCGCACGGGCUCCGAUGGCGACGUUUUUGGAUCGGGGGAUACCCGACGGGAUUGAGGGGAUUGAGGGGCUGAUGAAUUUGGUCAUGCAGUUUCGGAAGGUCUGCAAUCACCCGGACCUUUUUGAGAAGAGGGAGGUCUCUUCCGGGUGGAGCCAGCCUGUUUCGGAGGCGUACAUUCCGAAGAUCGUGAAUGAGGAGAUACUCGUGGAGAAGUGGGCUCCGGUGGGGCUUAGGGUGCCUGAAAAACGGAUUUCAGAUAUUUUCAGAGUAGAACCUGAAAAGAUCAAACGGAUAAAAAAGACUGAUUUUAUUGCCUUGAGUGAGAUAGUUGUUCCUAGGUGCUUGCCUCCUAAGAAGGUUCUUGUAUCGCCAGCGUACAUACACGGAGGGAAGAUUCCGUUGGAGAUUUCUGAGAGUCUGCGGCAGCCGCCCGUAUACGUUCCCUCCAUGGAGAGGUUUGUGAGCGACUGCGGGAAACUCGUUAUUUUGGACAGUUUGCUCCCGAAGUUGAAGGAGGAGGGUCACCGCGUCCUGAUGUACUUCCAGAUGACGAAGAUGAUCGAUCUUUUUGAAGAGUAUUUGACCGUUAGAAAUUACUCGUACCUGCGCCUGGAUGGGAGCAGCAGAAUUUCGAAUAGGAAGGAGCUCGUACGGGACUGGCAGUCCAGCAGCGAUAAGUUCAUCUUCCUCCUGAGCACGCGGGCAGGAGGUCUGGGGAUAAACCUCACGGCAGCAGAUACCGUUAUAUUCUACGACAGCGACUGGAAUCCCACGGCAGAUCAGCAGGCGAUGGAUAGAGCCCACAGACUUGGCCAGACGAAGCAGGUGACCGUGUACAGGCUGAUCACUGCAGGGACCAUCGAAGAGAGAAUUAUGGAAAGAGCGGAAGUCAAGGGAGAGAUCCAGAGGAUGGUCAUACAGACAAAAGACGACUAG